CGCUGCCUCAGUGAUAAGACUAAACUCUAAGGGAAGGUUCGCCCUGACUUUCCCUUGUCGUCUGAAGAAGAAACUGAACAGGUUUUGAACUGCUAUGACGUCUCGCAGGUGGUUCCACCCCAACAUCACCGGAAUCGAGGCAGAGCAGCUCCUCUUGUCACGGGGGGUUCAUGGUAGCUUCCUGGCCCGGCCAAGCAAAAGCAACCCAGGGGAUUUCACCCUCUCUGUCAGGCGGAACGAUGAAGUCACCCAUAUUAAGAUUCAGAACUCCGGGGACUACUAUGAUCUGUACGGAGGGGAGAAGUUUGCUACGCUGGCGGAGCUAGUGCAGUACUACACUGAGCAGCAUGAUCUCCUGCGUGAGAGGAGCGGCCAUGUCAUCGAGCUCCACUACCCACUCAACUGCAAGGACCCCACCUCCGAGAGGUGGUACCAUGGGCACCUUUCUGGGAGAGAUGCUGAGAAACUGCUCAUGGACAAGGGCAAGCCAGGAAGCUUCCUGGUGAGGGAGAGCCAGAGUAAACCAGGCGACUUUGUACUUUCUGUCCUCACCAUUGAAGAGAAGCAUGAGAAUGUGGACCGCAAAACAAAAGUCACACACGUCAUGAUUCGUUAUCAGGAGGACGGCAAGUAUGAUGUGGGUGGGGGUGAGAGGUUUGACACGCUAUCUGACUUGGUGGAGCACUACAAGAAGAACCCCAUGGUGGAGAAGAGUGGUAUAGUGGUGCACCUCAAACAGCCCUUUAACACUACAAGGAUCAAUGCAGCCAACAUAGAAAGCAGGGUACGAGAGCUCAACAAAGUCGCAGACAACUCUGAGAAGCCAAAACAAGGAUUCUGGGAAGAAUUUGAGGUGCUCCAGCAGCAGGAAUGCAAAUUGCUGUACCCCAGGAAAGAAGGCCAGAGGCCCGAGAACAAGAGCAAAAACAGAUACAAGAACAUCCUCCCCUUUGACACCACUCGUGUUGAGAUUAGGGACGCAGACCCGGAAAUUCCUGGCUCCGACUACAUCAAUGCCAAUUACAUCAGAAGUACUCAUGGAGAGGGGUGCCACAUGGAGGAGGGGAAAGUCUUUAUAGCCACCCAGGGCUGUCUACAGAACACCAUCACCGACUUCUGGAAGAUGGUUUAUCAGGAAAACACGCAUGUAAUUGUCAUGACCACCAAGGAGAUGGAGCGAGGACGGAACAAGUGCUUCCGCUAUUGGCCAGACCCGAAUGUCCUGAAGGAGUAUGGGAAAGUGCUUGUAAGGAAUGUGGACGAGCGAACAGCACAGGACUAUAUUCUGAGGGAGCUAGAGGUGACCCAUAUCGAACAGAGGGAGCAGGUGAGGUACAUCUGGCAUUACCAGUAUCUGAGCUGGCCAGACCACGGCGUGCCGAAUGAGCCUGGGGGGGUGCUCAGUUUCUUAGAGCAGGUCAACAGGACCCAGAGCGCCAUUCCAGACACUGGCCCUAUAGUGGUUCACUGCAGUGCAGGCAUCGGCAGGACAGGUACCAUCAUUGUCAUUGACACGCUCAUUGACAUCAUCAACCGCCAAGGACUAGACUCAGACAUUGACAUCCCCAAGACUAUCCAGAGAGUUCGACAACAGAGGUCAGGCAUGGUGCAGACGGAGGCCCAGUACAAGUUCAUCUAUAUGGCUGUCCAGCAGUACAUAGACACAGCCCAGAAGAGGCUGGAGGAGGAGCAGAGGAAUAAGACCAAGGAAAGGGAAUACUCUAAUAUCAAAUAUCCCCAGAUGACCAACUCUCGGUCCAAAACCAACAUGACGUCUUCACGUUCUUCUUCUGUGGUGACAAACGAUGAUUCAUCAAGUGUUUACGAGAACAUUAACAUUAAAAGCCCAAAGAUGCCUGUGCACAGUAACACCAGGAGAUAAAGCCGUCUCCAAGGAUCUGUACAUAUUUCUGUCUGCCUUCCUUUUCAGCAGAGGUGUCACUUCCUUGGUGACGGAGUAUCCCAGAGGGUGGGGGACUGUCGUGCUUUGGCCUCACACUGCAGAAUAGUGGUGCUUGCUGGGGGUGGAUGUGGUUCUACAGACGCCUGUUCCUGCUGCUGUCCCACCAAAUCUCCAUGAGCGGAACCCAACUCCACUCCUCCGCCACAGAGGAAAGGAUUAUACAGUGUAGAAUGCUUAUCUCCCCCUCUAUUAGGACACACACACACACACACACACACACACACACACACACACACACACACACACACACACACACACACACACCUACAUUGCUACACUUUUGCACCCUUUGUUUGAAUUUCCAAAGCCUCUUCCAGUAAUCCAUGAUGUGCCUUGCCAAUGAUGUAUCUUUAGUUGUCCUCCCCACAGUCCUACGACCCAUCUUCUAUUCUCUUCUCCUUUCCGUAGUCCUGAUGAGGAAGUUGAAAUGUAAAAAAAAAAAAAAAAAAAACAGAUGAUGUGAUGUCUGUCAAUCCUGGAAAGAGCUUUGCGGGACCCAAGAAGGUGGAAGUUCAGUUUUUUUUCUCCACUAGCUGCCAGAGAUCACUGUAUUCAUCUCUCUUUCUCUGUCCUGGCUGUCAUCCAGGAAACAAAGACCUCUUUGCUAUCUUCCAUCUCCAGCUGGAGUUGUUAUUGUGGCUGUUGAGUGAUGGUAAAUGUUGUUAUAUAACCCACUAUUGUACCACGGGGCACAGAGAGGACAAGCAAGGUCUUGCCUAUUCUUAUAAAGUCGAGACUUACUUCAUUAUCAUUUGUUGUGUUUAAACGGACUCCAUUUGGAUGAUGUGACGGAUCGUUGCUGUUAAAGAGAUGUUUGUUAAACUACCCCGUAGACUUAUGUUUCCUGUGCCAACUGGUUUUAGGGAUUUAACAGUUUUCAGCUUUUUCAGCUCAGUUUUCAUUGACAUUCUUUGCGAAACUGUCAUUUUCAUCUUAUUUUGACACAAACUUGUUAUAUAUAAUUUAAGAAGUUACGUCUACCUAAAUUUAUUUUGUUAGUUGGAUCAGUAAUCAUUCAAUAACUUUCACGCUACAACCACAAGGAUUUUGUGUGUAGAAGGACUUGAGCAUGAAGAAUGAUGUGGCACAUAACGUUGUACAUCUGACUCCUAGCAGCGGGAUGUGAAAGAGGGAGGCAGGUAUUGGCAAGUGUGAAGAGGAGGGAAAGUUGUGUAGCCUGUAAGAAGAUAUGGCAGAACAAACUUGUUGAGGAUCUUUACCAGCUGAUACAACUUCAUCACUAAAACCACAGUUUGACCAUGUUUCUGUGUUUGGUGGUAGAGGAGGCACGUAAAAGCUUUGGCGGCUCAUUUCCGUGGCAUCUCUGGGAUUUGGCUUGUUCAAACAUCACUAUAAUCAUGACAGUAUCCACAGGUGCCAGUUAGUUCAAAACAAGAAUCUUCAGGAUUGUAGCUUUAAAACCGCGGUGGACCUAUCGGCGUCCGAAGCGCUCUUUAUUUUGACCAUUAAAAUUUCAUCUAAUCUAUUUACAGUAUCAUAAAAACUGUAGCUUGAUGUCAAUAUUUGACAAUAAAAUGAAUGAAGAUGAUUCCUCAAUGGUUGGAACUGUGUGGAUGUUGGCUGCCCCCCCUCCCUUUGCUUUGCACCAUCUAACUGGCUGUUCCCACAAUCAUCAGGUCUAGCAUGGUUCAACAUCUGUCACGUUGGAGACCAGAGAUCAUCACAGGACAAGGUAAGCAGGAGAUACUUCAGACCGCAGCCUUGUGCGGGGAGGCAGGCAGCCUUUAGCCAAACAGCCGCGGGCCAGAUGGCCAUCUGCCCAAGAUUAAAGAAUGGAUUUGUCUCAAAAAAGUAAUUUGUAAGAUGGCCAUAAUCCAGACCUGAUGAGAGGGGCAGAGUGAGCUGACGUCAGUGGCGAUGUAAAAGAAAAAUAUUGUCGUUGUAGCAAUGAACCCUACACACAUCUAACAGAAAUGAUCAGACUAUUCUUAGCAUCCAGCUCAAAAAAGCCUGUAUUGGCUGCAUUGAAGUUAGUCACCAGCAACUGUGCCACUAGAUUGCCAGCCCGGUUUUGUGACAGUGGAUAUGGAGGGUUGCUGUUCCCUGCAGAGGUUGUGAAGGAACAUGCUAACUGGGUCACAGUGCACAGUCCCUGUAGUUGGGGCUUAGCGCAGUGAUUCAGUGAGAAGCUGUUGAGGAAUCAUCUGUUCGUCUCAUCACAGCGUGUGGUGAUUUCAGCUGUUUCGGCUGUUAUCAGGGGACAUUUUAUAGAUUGUCGCUUGUUUGGGGUUAAUGGUACUGUAUAUUUAUGUAAAGGUUGUGUUUUUUAACAUUAAUGCAUUGACAACGUUUUCUUGAAAUACCCCAUUUCACUGGAAGGCAUUGUUAUGAAUUGCCAUUCUUCUACUAUAUUUGAACAUUUAGUUUGUAAAAGGAUUCCUCUGUAUUCCUCUGACUGCUCUGUUCAUAGUGACCUUGAUGAUUUAUUUCUUUUAUCCACCAUCUUGUUCUGUUUGAUGAGCGAGAGUACGAUUUCUAAUUGUACUUUGCCUCUCUGGGUCAAAACUUUUUCUGAUAUUAUAUAUUGACACUUCAAUACUUGAAAUUCUCUUUCUAACUACUGAAUCAUCAGCCUUGGACUUGUGAUCAGUGACUAUCUAGAUGCCCAAAGGCUAUGGAUGUAUUUUGGUAGUGCACUAGGUAUUUGCCAUUAGUGUUGUUUGUAUUUUAAAUCUGCAAUGAUGUUUUUAGAUGUACAUUUGUAAUUGUUUUAUCCAUGUAUGAUUUUGCAUUAUGUAAGAAAUUAAUUUUGUUUUUAUUAUUACAUUCACCAUUGUUUUUGUUGGUUGUGUUAUUGUUAAUUCAUCAUUGAUGACUAAAUACACGUUCUAAUUUAAAGCAAUUUAAAUUGGAGGUAUAACAUGAUAAAUUUCCCUUUUUUCUUUCUGCUCAUCCUAUUGAAUUUACUUGAAUAUGAAGUUGAUAUAGUUUCUUUUUUAUUCCUUGCUCCUUUUUUUCUCUGCAAACUGCCUAAUUUUACUGUUCUGAAUACUCCUUUGUCCAUUGUGGACUCUUGUCCUUUCCUCUUGCACUGGCGCUACCCAAAUGUCUCAGAUCUGUCUAGGCUACAACUGCUGAUGCAAUGACUCUGCCAGAAAUGGCAGCAAAAUGGUUUAAUAUCAAAUAGCUUAAUAAAAAAUCUAUGAACUAUU